AUGUUGGUACCGCAUCAUGUGCCUGCUGGUGCUCUCUCUGAGGCACUAAUCCUCUCCGACUACAGCAGAAAGGUCACUUUCACUGGAGGGAUCAUGGAGCCUCACCCAAAGGAGCCAAAGGAUAAUCCCCUAGUCACUGCUAAUCUUCUCUCCAAGAUUUUCUUCUGUUGGCUUAAUCCAUUAUUCAAAGUUGGAUAUGACAGAAAACUGGAAGAAGAAGACAUGUAUAAAGUGUUGUCAGAAGAUGCAUCUGAUAAACUUGGAGAGGAACUGCAGUGGCACUGGGAUCAAGAAGUCAAACAGGCUGCCAAAGACCUCCACUCACCGAGUUUGGGAAAAGCGAUGAUUCAUUGCUUUUGGAAAUCCUACGUACUCAUUGGUAUCUACAUCUUUAUAGAGGAGGUAAUCCGGAUCAUUCAACCUGUUCUCCUUGGAAAGCUGCUGGAGUAUUUUGAAAGAUGUAAUACAAAUGCCUCUGACGUUAGCAAAGCCUAUAGCUACGCAGCGGCCAUCUCUGUGUCGACUGUGGGAGUGACCCUUCUUCACCAUCUGUACUUUUAUCAUGUCCAGAGAGCGGGAAUGAAGAUCCGUGUGGCUGUGUGUCAUGUGGUUUAUCGCAAGGCUCUGUGUCUCAAUAGCACAGCUUUGGCAAAAACUACCACUGGACAAAUAGUGAAUCUUUUAUCCAAUGAUGUCAACAAGUUUGAUGAGGUAACGCUAUAUCUUCACUUUUUGUGGAUUGGACCCUUGCAAGCUCUAGCUGUUAUAUUAUUGCUCCUAUACACUCUUGGCCCUUCAUGUCUGGCUGGAAUGGCUAUUUUUUUCAUUUUGAUGCCAGUUCAGACUAUGUUUGGUCGUCUGUUCUCCAGAUUCAGAGCUGAAACUGCCAUUCUAUCAGACGACAGGAUACGCACCAUGAAUGAAGUCAUCUCUGGUAUCCGUGUUAUUAAAAUGUACGGCUGGGAGAAGCCUUUUGCCAAACUCGUGGAUGAGGUCAGAAGGAUGGAAAUCUCCAGGAUCAUGAAGAGUUCUUAUCUGCGCGGUCUGAACAUGGCCUCGUUCUUUGUGGCCAGUAAGAUCAUAAUCUUUGCCACCGUCUGCGUUUACGUUCUGACGGGGAACCACCUGACCGCCAGCCGAGUGUUUAUGGCUGUGGCGUUGUACGGUGCGGUCCGCCUCACCAUCACGCUGUUUUUUCCGUGUGCCAUUGAAAAAGUGUCAGAGUCUCUCGUCAGCAUCAAGAGGAUCCAGGGAUUCCUUUUGCUUGAUGAGGUUUCUCCUCCACUUCCCAAUGUUAUUGUGACAGACAAAGGGGACUGCAUGGUCAAAGUCCAGGAUUUAACCUGUUAUUGGGACAAAAUUGUUGAGAAUCCAACCUUAAAAAACUUAACUUUUGCUGUAAAGUCUGAGCAGCUGUUGGCAGUUAUUGGACCUGUUGGUGCGGGAAAGUCCUCCCUUCUCAGUGCCAUCCUCGGAGAGUUGAGUCAGGAGAGUGGCUUGAUCAAGAUCAGAGGAACCCUGAGCUACACCUCUCAGCUGCCGUGGAUACUGCCUGGUACUAUCCGCAGCAACAUCCUCUUUGGCAAAGAGAUGGACUCCCAGAUGUACAAUAGAGUUGUGAGAGCGUGCGCCCUUAAGAGAGACCUGGAGCUGAUGCCGGCGGGGGACCUGACCGUGGUUGGAGACCGGGGGGCAAACCUCAGUGGGGGGCAGAAGGCCAGAGUCAGCUUAGCCAGAGCAGUUUACCAGGAUGCAGAUAUCUACUUGCUGGACGACCCAUUGAGCGCUGUGGACUCCGAGGUCGGAAGGCACCUUUUUGAUGAGUGCAUCUGUGGUCUUCUAAAGAAGAAGCCUCGCAUUCUGGUCACUCACCAGUUGCAGUAUCUGAAAACAGCCAAUCAAAUUGUCGUUCUAAAAGAGGGUCACAUGGUGGCACAAGGAACUUUCAGUGAGCUGCAGCACAGUGGCGUGGACUUCACCUCUUUGCUGAAGGAUGAAGAGGAGGAUGAAAGGCAGACCAUUACUCCGAGUUCCGGAAUGGUCUCUCAUUGCUCACGCACUCUUUCAAACUGCUCCACCUCCUCCAUGUCGUCCCUCUCCUCUUCUCGAUAUUCCUUAAUGGAUGGCAUACAGUCGCAUGCAAUGGUAAUGCAACCAAGUCAGGAGGAAAGCCGCUCAGAAGGAGAUGUCGGCCUUCACCUUUAUGUUUCUUAUUUCAAAGCUGGAGCCAACUAUAUGAUUCUUUUUGUUCUCUUCUUGCUCAAUAUUUUUGCUCAGACGACAUUUGUUCUACAGGACUGGUGGCUGGCUUGCUGGGCCUCUGAACAGAAGCACAUGAAUGUGACAGAACACCUCAAUGGCAGCCUCCCCCAGCAGCUGGACCUUGACCUGUACCUAGGUGUUUACGCAGGUUUAACAAUGACCUCCGUUUUUUUCGGCUUCCUACGCUGCUUGGUCUUCUUUAAUGUUCUGGUGAGAUCUGCCCAGACCCUGCACAACAACAUGUUUCAGGCCAUUUUGCAAGCUCCAGUUCACUUUUUUGACACCAAUCCUACUGGGCGAAUUCUCAACAGGUUUUCAAAGGACAUUGGCUACCUGGAUUCUGUGCUCCCUUGGACGUAUGUGGACUUUAUCCAGGUGCUGCUGCAGGUCAUUGGGGUUAUUGCUGUAGCUGGUGCCAUCAUACCCUGGAUUCUUCUUCCAGUACUUCCUCUUCUUGCUGUUUUUCUGUUUCUGCGUCACUACUUCCUGCAGACCUCUAGGGACAUCAAGCGCCUGGAAUCUACCACUCGGAGCCCUGUUUUUUCCCAUCUUUCUUCGUCUCUUCAAGGUUUAACCACAAUCCGUGCCUUAAAAGUCCAUCAGACAUUUCAGCAGAUGUUUGAUGGUUUCCAAGAUCUUCACACAGAGGCCUGGUUCCUUUUUCUUGCCACUUCUCGUUGGUUUGCAAUACGCCUCGAUGGCAUUUGCUCCGUGUUUGUCACUAUUACUGCUUUUGGUUGCAUUUACCUAAGAGACGGGUUGGAGGCUGGUGCUGUGGGUCUGGCUUUGUCCUACGCUGUCACUCUGACUGGCAUGUUUCAAUGGGGGGUCAGACAAAGUGCAGAAAUUGAGAAUAUGAUGACAUCAGUUGAGAGGGUUGUUGAGUAUGCCAACUUAGAGGGUGAAGCAUCAUGGGAAACUGAAACGCAACCUCCAUGUGACUGGCCCGACGCAGGCUCCAUCACAUUUGACAAAGUAAACUUCUCAUAUAGCCCAGACAAUCCCCUGGUCCUGAAGAACCUGAACAUCACAUUUUCCUCAAGAGAAAAGGUUGGCAUUGUGGGUCGCACUGGUGCUGGGAAAAGCUCUCUGAUCUCGGCCUUGUUCCGGCUGGCAGAACCCGAGGGAAGAAUAAUGAUUGAUGGAGUCCUGACUUCUAAGAUCGGCUUGCACACUCUCCGCCAGCAAAUGUCCAUAAUCCCACAGGACCCUGUGCUCUUCACAGGCACCAUGAGGAAGAAUCUGGACCCAUUCAGCCAGCACACAGAUGAGGACCUGUGGAAUGCACUCCAAGAGGUGCAGAUGAAGGUGGUGGUCGAGGAGCUGCCCAGAAAAUUGGAGACGCUCCUGAGUGAGAGCGGAGCGAACUUCAGUGUCGGUCAGAGGCAACUUGUGUGUUUGGCCCGGGCCAUCCUCCGGAAGAACCGUAUCCUUAUUAUUGACGAGGCCACAGCUAAUGUGGACCCAAGAACCGACGGUCUCAUCCAGCAGACGAUCCGGGACAAGUUUCAAGAGUGCACAGUGCUCACAAUAGCUCACAGGCUACACACUAUUAUUGACUGUGACAGAAUACUGGUUCUAGAUGCUGGCCGAAUCCAGGAGUAUGAUGAGCCCUAUGUGCUACUGCAGAACCACCACAGCCUACUUUAUCAAAUGGUCCAGCAGACGGGCAGAGCUGAAGCUGCGGCCUUGCUCCAUACAGCCAAACAGGUUCACUCGAACAAAAAGAUGAGGGCGGCAGAGGAUGGGAGCGCCCAGGACGUUUGUGUCAUCUUUGAGACGGCUCUGUGA